AUGUCGUCCACGCCGCAUCGCACGUCGUCGUCCGGCGCCGCCGCGACGCGGCGAGCUCGCGGCGCAACCCCCAGGCCCCGCGGCGGCGCGCCACCGCCGCUGAAUUCUCGGAGGCCCUUGGAGAUUCAACUCUGCAGCGCUGUCGGCUGUGACGGCGCUUACAGCGGCGUCGCCACCUCACAUCUGCCAGAUCAUGCCACAUCCGCCGCUACUACGAAUGUCGCCACGAGCCACAGCCCCACGGCUGCGCUGGACUUCCCCUCCUCCCCUUCCGCGCUCUCGUCCGCCUUUCCUUCCGCGGACGGCACUUCCGCCUUCCCUUUCGCCUCCCCUUCCGCCUCCCCUUCUGCCUUUCCUUCCCCGUUCCCUUCAGCCUUUCAUUUCGCAGUCUCCAUUCCUUGGCCGUCCGAUGCCGCGGCUCAAUUCAGCGCAAUCGACGGAGAAGCCGCGUUUUCCUGCGAGGGACGAGCUGCUACUAACGCUCCGGACUUGAAAUCCGAGCCUGCAGCCUUGGGUGCGCCCUGGAAGGCAACCUCUGUGGACUCGCAACCCCAGCAGCAGAAGAGAGGGAGGCGCACGUGGGGAGCAAGUGGGGGAGGUGCAAGGGGAGGUGUUGAGGCGGUGAGUGGAGGACAUUGGCCGGCAUGGGUGGUGUCGAGGAGGGAGAUAGGCAGGGGGCAGUACGGUGUGAUAUGGAGAUGCGUGAACCGCAGCACCGGGGAAACACCUUGCCUGCAAGAGCAUCCGAAAGUCCGCCAAUCAGUUGUGCAGAGUGCUGCUGACGUGGAGACAGUGCGAAGUGACGUGGCAUUUACAGAGGAACUCACGGGCUGGAAGCAUUUGACCCAAGGACGUGCAUAUAACGAGGACCUCCCAAGGAGGCGUGUUCCUCUAUUGGGGAUAGUGGGGGCGGCAGAAUACAUGGCUCCAGAGGUGUUCUCAGGGGCAUCGCCUUAA